AUGAUUGGUGGCAGCGAUGAUGACAGGGUUCGGAUACGACGUGAAUGGGACAAAGACGUGUUAUUCGUACGAGUGGAAACUCGAGACGAUGCCUCCCCGUCGGCGAGAGGUGACCAUCGCCGCAGGGGUAGCCUAGACCGGGAGGCCACCCGCCAUCCAGCACCCUUCCCUGUGACCUCCAGUGCUGAAUCCUGCUUCCAGUUGAUCAACAGCGGCCGCAACGCCGUUGAUGACUCAUCGAAGACUAAUAAUUUCCCCCCAUCUUCUGCUGCAGCAAAACGGUCAUCUCCGAUCCAUGUGCACGGUCGAAGACGCGCCGGCGCUGCCGAACCUCUUUUCAACGUGGUCGAUCACUCGGUACGCAGCUCUUCGCCUUCCAGCCAAGUAGCUGCCGCCUCUGAUGCUUCGCUGUCGCGUAGUUGGCAACAACCGAGGUCGGCCGGCCAUUUUUUCUACAACGUCCCUCUGGACACCGUCCCUGGCCCGCAGUCGAAGUUACCGCCUAAAAGACCUCCUAAGAAACAGCAUCCGUUGCCGAGCAAAGGCAUCGUACCAACGUCGCCUGCACGCGCCUCUCGUGGCGUUUCUCAUCGCCCACCUCAAUCCGCGCCACAAUCGUCGACCACCCCAGCCAAACAGGAUUUCACUGCCUUCUUGUCCACUUUCGCCACCGCAUCUACGAAGACCGGAGAAGAGGGGCAUUCGAUGUCCCAUGCGUCGUUGAGGACGUUCAGUCCAGCAGCCCUCGAAGUAAUCAAUCAAGCGUUGUGCUUCUUCAGGCAUGUUAUCACCCCUACCGCUAAGAACCUCAAAUGCAUCUACCACAUCUACCGUAGUAGAUUCGUAACAGUCGCAUUCUCAUAG